CAGUUAACAGAAACAUAAUCCAUUUUUCUCAGAGUCACACAGCUGCUCCAAGUCCAACAAUGGAGGCCCGCGCUACUUCACCUGCCCACACAUUCUUCAAAUUCAACCCCUCUUCUUCCUUCUCGCCUUUCCCAUCUUCUCUCUCGUUUCUCAAUGUGUAUCUCCUCAAGCCCAUCAAGACCCCGUUACUUCAUUGUUCCCGCCAAUUCUCUCCUUCCAAGUGCCCAACUCGCGGGGCGAAGUUGACCCGCUUUGUAGCAUCGGCAGCUCCGGCGACUGCUGAUGACGUUGUUGCCGAGAAGCUUCCCGCUGAUAUUCAAGUUACAGAGACGCCAGAGCCCAAUUCUAGAGUGAGGUUGAGUGUGGAGGUACCUGCUGCUGUAUGCGAUGAUUGUUACAGAACAGUCAUCAAGGAGUUCACCAAACGAUCAAAGGUCCCUGGCUUUCGUCCUGGGAAGAAUGUGCCAGAGAGUAUUCUUAUUGGUUAUGUGGGGAAGGAAAAUGUUAAGAAAGCUACCAUUGAGUCUAUCUUGAAGAGAACACUUCCUCAUGCCAUGUCUUCGGUAAGUGGAAGAGCCUUGGAAGAUUCACUUCACAUUAUCACCAAAUUCCCAGAGAUGGAAAGCACUUAUUCUUCUAUGAAAUCACUGAGAUAUGAUGUUAUUGUUGAUGUGGUACCUGAAGUCAAAUGGAUUCCUGAAGAUGGCUACAAGAAUUUGAAAAUUGUGGUUGAGAUUGACAAGGAAAUAGAUGCCCAGACUGCAGCUGAACAAGAAUUAAGACGUCGUCAGAAGGCCCUUGGUGCUCUGAGAAUCGUAACUGACAGAGGGCUUCAGGUAGGUGAUGUUGCUAUUCUUGAUAUAUCAGCUACAACGAUUGAGCAAGAUGAAUCUGCUGCUCAAAGCAUACCAUCAGCGGAGAGUAAAGGGUUUCAAUUCGACACGGAAGAUGGAGAUAAAGUCCUUCCAGAUUUUCUCGACUCAAUUAUUGGGAUAAAACGUGGUGAAACUAAGUCUUUUCCAUAUGUAUUUCCUGAUUCAUGGAAACAAGAAGAUCUUCGUGGAGUUCGCGCUCAAUUCACGGUGGAUUGCAUGGAACUGUUCUACCGAGAUUUACCUGAACUGAAUGACUCUAUUGCUGAUAAGAUACUAUCUGGAUGCAGCACCAUUGAGGAGGUGAAGGAAACAUUGCUGCAAAAGUUUCUUGAAGUGGAGCAAACUGCCAAAGAACAAGCUACAGAUAAUGCUAUCUUGGACCAGCUACACAAAAUGGUUGAAGUUGAUAUUCCUCCAUCUUUGUUUGAGGACCAAGGAAGACAGCUUUAUGGAGCCCAACUCUUGCAAAUUCAGGCAAAUAUGAAACUUAACGAACAGCAGCUGGCAUCUUUGUCUAGUCCCAAGGCUGUAAAGGAGUAUCUGGAAAAUCAGAAAGAAAAUAUAACAAAUAUUAUAAAGCAGAACCUAGCUGUUGGGGACAUAUUCAAACGUGAAAAUCUGCAGAUUUUAACGGAUGAGCUGGUGAAGGAGGUGAACAAUUCAAUAUCUGAAUUUAAGCGCCACAACCAAGAAUAUGAUGAGGGGCGAGUCAAAGAACAGGUAGAAGAGGUACUUGAGGGAGCCAAAGUGCUGGAAUGGCUUCGAGAACGAGCAGAUAUCCAGUAUAUAACAAAAUGAGGAAUACAUGUGUGAUACCAUUUCAUCAAGCAGGCUGCCUCAUUGGCUGCCUCCCAAGUAAAACCAUGUUUCUCCACCGCUGUCCAGAUAAAUGAGUCCCGAUGUUAACUGAGGAGAAGUGUGUGAAGAUGGCAGGGUGGUACGAAGUAUCAAAUCUUGAAAGGAGAGAAGAAACCAAGCUCUUUAGGCAUACAAAGCUUUAAUGGGAAGGCGUGAGUAUGUCUGUGUAACUGGGAUUCUGCUGUGUAUGACAAUAGUUGAGCUCUCUAGACCAAUUAUCAUUUGCUUCUACUAUUAAUGUAUACCAUUAUUGAAUCUUGAAUAUUAUGAAAUAAUGUUUUUCAUGCAA